GCAGAGAGUGGUAUCGCCCGACCACUCGAUACGGCAGCAGGCCAGCACAGGCAGAAGAUACUCAACAACUAAUAAACACUAGUUAGCCGUAUUAUAAAGUAUAAGAAAUCCAGCCGGGUUUAUAAUCUAAAGCGAACUUGUAUGCUUGCGAUUAGGGCAACCGCGUGACCACGAUGUCAACCCCGGCCAGACGACGACUCAUGAGAGAUUUUAAACGGCUGCAAGAAGACCCCCCAGCUGGGGUGAGUGGAGCUCCGUCCGAGAAUAAUAUUAUGGUCUGGAAUGCUGUCAUAUUUGGACCAGAGGGAACACCCUUUGAAGAUGGAACCUUUAAACUCACUAUCGAGUUCACAGAAGAGUAUCCAAAUAAACCCCCAACAGUGCGUUUUGUCUCCAAAAUGUUUCAUCCAAAUGUUUAUGCCGAUGGCAGCAUAUGUUUAGACAUUCUACAGAAUCGCUGGAGUCCAACUUAUGAUGUUUCUUCAAUAUUAACUUCAAUACAGUCUUUACUGGAUGAGCCCAAUCCGAACAGCCCGGCCAACAGCCAGGCCGCCCAGCUGUACCAGGAGAACAAGCGGGAGUACGAGAAGAGGGUGUCGGCUAUUGUCGAGCAGAGUUGGCGUGAUUGUUGACACGUGUGUUUGUUUGCAAAGUAUAAAAAAAAAAUGUCCGCCACAAGAGUAAAGACUACACAGAUCAUGUGAUGAAAAACGAUCAUACACACAAUCUGACAGUUUUCUAAUGUGUCUGUCCCAUAGUUGUAUAAUGUCGUGUUGUGGCAUCGCCUUCUGCAGAUGCUGUUGUUGGGCGGUAGCAUGUUAAAGUAAAUGUACCUGGUUAGAUCUGGGUAACUUCUUCGAUGCACCAAAUUUUCCCUUCACCUCCAAACAAAACAUUUUUCUGAGUCACCCACCAAGGUUGGGCCACCAUGAUUGACACUUGUACUUAAGUGUGGAUUGCAGUUGCAGUGUCAAAACAUACAUUUAUAUUUGUAUUUUUAGAGGAUGUUACCAUGUGUUCAAUAUUAUGUUUCUUUUUAGCAUUUUUGAAUACCUUUUGAAGAAAAUGUAUGAUGGGUUACUAGAAAAUGUGCGAUGGGUCUGCGUGUGACAGACGGUGUGCUGGUGCUGACAUCCAUCUCUUACAAUCAAUGCCUUUGAGAUAUGCAGGCUGGAUUUCUAGUUACUGGCUCUAGACUACAUGUUCAAGCCAUGCCUUUUACUAUAUACAUUUUCUUUACUUGACUAUCCAGACAUGUUAAGGAUUGAAUUAUGUGCCCUUUCCAGGCACUUGGGUUGAGUAUGUUAUGCUACCCCUUCACAACAAAUAAACUCAAACUGACUCGA